CCCUGUCCACUCCUGGUCAGCCUCAAUAAUUCAGAGUUGUGUUGAGCUGUAGCUGCUCGGRAAAUGUUGAUGAGCAGAAGCUAACAGACAUGAAGAGACAGCAGCUCCAACAGCGUCUGGAUGGAGACGAAGAAGAAAAGUCGGAGGGUUUGAUCAGCGCUAAAGAGCAGCAACAUGAAGACCUCCAUGCUGUUUCCAUCGAUCAGCUGAAUAUAUUAGUGGUCCCUGGAGGUGAUCAGUUGGUGCAAAUUAAAGAAGAACCUCCUGAAGAACAGAGUCCUUAUGUGGACCAGCAUUACCAAGAACACCUCCACAUAAAAGAGGAAGAGGAGGAACUGUGGACUGGUCUGGGAGAAGAGCAGCUCAGUGUGAAGGAGGAGACUGAUGACACCAGCUUUUCAUUCACUGCAAAGCCUGUGAAGCAUGAGGAUGAUGAAGAUAAACCUGAGUUCUUACAGCUUCAUCAACACCAAGUUGAUCCAACCAGCAGCUCAGCUGACAACCUGGAAUCAACAACUGGUGGAGAGUCCUGUGGAGGAGCAGAAACUACAGGAAACCAAGAUCUGAGUACUCAUGAAGAUGAUUCUGACUCUAAAUCUAAAGUCAGUGAAGAUGAUGAAGAGGACAAUGAUGUGAACAAUCCUGACUCUCAGUUGCAGGACGAUGCAGACUCUGGAUCAAAAGACACUGAUGAAGACUGGGAGUCUCCUCCCAGCAGGGUUUCUGAAUCAGGUGUAAAAAACACCAAAAAUGGAAAAAAGCUGUUUGGUUGUGAUUUUUGUGGGCGAAGUUUUACUACAAAGGGUUAUUUGAACGCACACAUGAGAAUCCACACUGGACAGAAGCCAAUUUGUUGUGAGGUGUGUAAUCGAAGUUUUACUACAAAGGGACAUUUAAACACACACAUGAUAGUCCACACAGGACAAAAGCCAUUCAAUUGUGAGUUGUGUGAUCGAAGGUUUACCAGAAAAGACAGUUUGGACACCCACAUGAGAAUCCACACAGGACAAAAGCUGUUUUGUUGCGAGUUGUGUCACCAAAAAUUUACCACAAAAGGCGCUUUAGACGCACACACGAGGAUCCACACAGGACAGAAGCCAUUUUGUUGUGAGCUGUGUGAUCGAAGGUUUACCACAAAGGGCAGUUUAGACGCACACGUGAGAAUACACACAGGACAAAAGCCGUUUUGUUGUGAACUGUGUGAGCAAAAGUUUAGCAGCAGUGGCAGUUUGUACAGACACAUGAGGAUCCACACAGGACAGAAGCCGUUUUGUUGUGAGGUGUGUGAUCGAAAGUUCAACAACAGUGGCAGUUUGUACAGACACAAGAGAAUCCACACAAGUGAGAAACCGUUUUGUUGCGAGCUGUGUGAUCAAAGGUUUACCGAAAAGGCCCAUUUGAACAGACACAUGAUAGUCCACACAGGAGAAAAACCAUUUAGUUGUGAGUUGUGUGAUCGAAGGUUUACUCAAAAGGUCAAUCUAAACACACACAUGAAAACCCACACAAAAUAAAACAGUCUUUUGCAAUGACUCCUAAGUGGGAAACCACACAGGGGCACUCAUCAGUUUGUUUCAGACACACCUUGAAUAAACUAAGAUUAGUGUGCUUUUAAAGCCCAGAUGAUGAGCAUGAUGCCGUGGCUUUGGAAACAAUGAGAGGUUAGAYACUUGUGGACACAUUUUAAGGCUCAGAAGCGUGAGCAAAGAAGCCAACAAACCUGAGUUCCAGCAGUUCUGUCAGGGUGAACGAGACAAAAUUCCAGCAAACUACUGUGAGAAGCUUUAUUUAGGUAUUUGGGAGAGAGUGUUGAAACCUAACAAUUGCAAUUAACACUUCUCUCUUUCCUCCAUGGAAUAAAUCAGCCUUUAAGUUUGCAGUGAAUGCAUUAA